AUGGACUUCCCAACAUGGGCCUUCCCGAUUGUGAGCGCCUGCAGACCACUUUCGAGGACCAGUUUGGCUCUGCUGCAGCGACCCGCAGUCUGCACAAGAAGAUGUAUGAGAAGGUUCUCAACGGCGAUCAACACGAGUUUAUCUCGAGGUUCUUGGAGGCCGCACCUCCCCGCCAGCGCGAGCAGUUCUCCGGCAUGGUCCGAUCAUUGGAAUAUUUGCGUCGCGCCAAGACGAGGGAGGACACGAGCACGAGCAACCUUGCCUUUGACCUGCAGGAGAAUGCUCGACUGUGGCGGCCGCCGAAGCAAAGGCCGGUCUUCGAGCCCUGGGAGAUUAACAUCUCCCGGAUCCCGUUGGGUGCCAUGCAGCAAGGCCCUGCCAAGGCAGAGGAAAUACCAGAGUUCUAGGUUCAGGAUUUCAGUUGUUUGUGGGGUCUAG